AUGUCGACGACUAAUUUAAUGGACAUCGACAUAAGCCGGCUGAACAAAACCAUUCUGUGCUAUGCCGAAACUAUUUACAGGUUUAACGGCCUUUGGGAAGGACCCGAUCCUCUCACGCCCCUCAUCUCUCUCUUCCUCAUCCAGCUCACCUUCUCCAUGAGCUUCAUCCAUCUUCUUGUGUACGCGUUGAAGCCUUUCAACCAACCGCCUUUCGUAGCCGAGCUUCUCGGCGGCAUACUGUUGGGUCCUUCCGCGUUCGGCCGCAUCACGACCUUCCGGAAGCUUCUCUUCCCCAACUACUCCUUCAAGGUCUUGGAGCCAAUGGCCCACCUCUCGAUAACCCUCUACGCUUUUCUCGUCGGCCUCAAAAUGGACGUGAAGGCCAUUCUCCGGCUCGGCCCGAAGUCAACCAAGGUCUCUGUGGCCACCAUAUCCAUACCGUUCUCCGUUGGUUGCGGCCUCUUCUUCCUCUUCGCCGGAGAUCAUGACCAGUGGCUCGGCUGCCUCUUCUGGGGCUCCGCCUUAGCCUCGACUGGCUUCAGCAUCCUCACCAGAAUCCUCGACCGUCAACAAAUCCUCCACACCGAGGCUGGGAAAACCGCCGCCUCCUCUGCCCUCGUGGCCGACAUUUCCACGUGGGCCCUACUCGCCCUUUCCCUAGCGGCCACAAGCUCUCGAAACAACAUCCAUUGGUCCAUUAUAAGCACUACUGCUUUUGUCCUUCUCUGCGUUUACUACGUUCGGCCCGCGCUCGGAUGGGCCAUUCGGAAAACUCCCGAGGGGCAGGGAUAUAGCGAGUUCUACAUAUGCUCGGUUCUUGCGGGAAUGUUUGUUAGCGGCGUGUUGACCGAUGUUUUCGGGACGCACCCGAUGAUAGGAGCGUUUGUGUUCGGGCUCGUGAUACCGAACGAGGUGCUCGAGGCCACGAUUGCCGACAAGUUGGAGGAUUUCGUCGUGGGAAUCUUGCUGCCGGUUUACUUUGUAGUGUGCGGCCUGCGGACAAACGUGGAUGCCGUCUCGACGGGGACUUCGUGGGCGGUGGUUGGGUCGGUCGUGGUGGUGGCGUGCGCGGUCAAGGCGUUUGGGGCGCUGCUCGUGGCGGCGUUCUCGGAGUUUCCGAUCGACGAGGCGCUUGCCGUGGGCCUACUGACCAACGCCAAGAGCGUCAUGGCGCUCGUCGUUCUUGAAACAGGCCAAAUACAAGGGGUGCUCAACACACAGAUGUACUCGGUGAUGGUGGUUGCGGUUCUUGUGAUGACGAUGAUCGUGACCCCGGCAGCCAUUUACUACCGUCCCGUCCAAAACUUAACCCCGUACAAACGUCGCACGGUCCAGAAGGCCAAGUCGGACGACGAGCUCCGCGUGCUCGCAUGCAUCUACGACCCCCGCAACGUUCCCCCUCUCAUCCACAUCCUCCGCACGACCCACGCGUCCCCCCGCUCGCCACUUUCGGUCUUCGCCGUCCAGCUCGUCGAGCUUGUCGGCCGCGCCUCCGCCGCCACGACCCUUGUCGCCCACGCCCCCCGCCGCCGCGCUUCCACCGCCCCCAACCACCACCACCACCAUGGGGGCCAAGUCGAGGCCCAAGCCGACCAAAUGGUCGCCGCCCUCGACAACUACGAACUCCGGUCACAAGGUGUCCGAACCCACGCCUACACCGCCCGUUGCCCCCUCGCCACCAUGGACGAUGACAUCAGCAAUGUGGCCCGCGAUAAGCGAGCCGCCCUCAUCCUCCUCCCCUUCCACCGCCAGCAAUCGUCCCCCAACGAGCCCAUGGACGAGAUCACGCCCGCCACGCGCGCUGUCAACGAGGCCGUCCUAUCUGGCGCCCCUUGCUCGGUCGGCAUCCUCGCCGACCGGGGCUUCGCGGGCUCCCACGACCACGCGGCGAACAUCGCCCUUUUGUACUUCGGAGGGCCCGACGACCGAGAGGCACUCGCGUACGCAUGGCGGAUGGCCGGUGGGGAAGGCGUCUCGCUAACGGUCGUCCGGUUCAUCUCGAGCGGCGAGUCGGCGAACGGGAAAAGCGGCCACAUGGAGGAUCCAAGUGACGGUUUCGAGGUGAGUCUCGAGAUGGAUUACGAGCAAGAAAGACUUCUCGACGACGACUAUUUACAGAAGUUCCGAACUGCAACGGCAGACGACAAGUCGAUAAGCUAUUUCGAGCUCGUGCUUAACGACGAGGAGGAAGCGAUUAAGGCCAUUAAGUCGAUGGAUGGUCACGGGCACGAUUUGUAUGUGGUUGGGAGGGGAAGAGGAAUGGUGUGCCCGUUAACCUCGGGACUGGCCGACUGGUGCGACUGUCCCGAGCUGGGGCCGAUAGGGGACCUUUUGGUCACGUCCGAGUUCGAGUCGGUUUUUUCGGUUCUGAUAGUUCAGCAGUACGUGAAGACAAACAGGUCAAGGGAAGGGUCGAUAAGGUCGUCAAACUCGGGGAAUUACGGAGAGGAGAUGGUAAUGAGGCCGUCGUUGAGCGGGAGUGAUGGGGGGCUCGAGCAUUACGGGAGCUUCAGGGAAUGGGAUCAUGAGAAUUGA